GUGGUUUUGCAUACGUGGCAUCUGGCUUGGGCCCACAGGCUGGCCACGUGGAACAGGGGUUGCUGGGUGUGGUCUAAAACGACGCCCCCGAGCCGGUUCGACCCAAACCCAGCCUGUUCGCCUCCCUUCUCUUCAUCUCCAACACGAUCUCCUUCUCUGAGAGACGGCGGCGACGAGGUUUAGGGAUGAUGGUCGGCGGCAUGAAGUGAGUAUCGGACGGCGGCGCGGCGAGCAGAUCUGAGGCAUGGAGAAGAGCAGCAAGAGCAGCAGUUACUGGGAGGAUGAGUAUGCACAAGAGCAGCAGCACAAUUCAGUUAGAGAAGAGCAGCAACAACAUUCAGAGGAGCAGCAGGUUCAUGCAAAUGCAGAGGAGCAGCAACAAUAUGUAGGUGCAGAGGAGCAGCACCAAUAUGUAGGUGCAGAGGGGCACAUGGAAGAACCAGAACCUUGGAAAUUUUCCAACAUGUAUUACCAGCCUAGAAGGACAUCUAAAUUAACAGUUAGUAGAGGAAAAUCAAGUGUAGUUGAGGAGGAAGUAAAUAGUGGCAGUGAUUUAUCUGAUAGUGACUAUGCUAUCCCCCCUUCAGAAAGCAACAGCUCAGCAUCUGAUGAUGAGGUCUUGGAGAUGAGAAAAUAUGCAAAAGAAUUGAAGGAGAAAGUGAGAAAGAACAUGUUGAGAGAAGAUGAGGGCAAAACAUGCAAUGUGUCUGAUGAUUUUAUUGUGCCUGAAAACUCUUGGCUAGAUGAUUCAGAUGGAGAAGGUACACCAUACUUUGAAAGUGAUGACGAUAUGUCAUAUGAUGAAGGCAGUGCCUGAAAACUCUUGGCUAGAUGAUUCAGAUGGAGAAGGUACACCAUGCAAUCAGUGCAAUUUACACAAUCUCUGGACUGAUAGAUGAUUACAUUGCCCCAUGCUACAAGAUCUCUGAGUACGACAAGAUAUAUAACCAUGUCUUGCAACCAGUGGAGGGAAAAGAGAGUUGGCCAGUUGCUGACAUGCCAAAACCUCAUCCACCUCCUCAUAGGGUAAUGCCAGGAAGAAA